UCCCAAACGUCAAAAUAAUCAAAUGUCAAACAGACCGAAAACGCUAAUCAAAACAAACCGAAACAAGUGGUAAUAUUUAAUAAUUAGUAUCAUUCUCGCCCUUAAAUAUGAAAACCUUUCACAUUACAAUAAGUAUUCUGUUUGCCAUCCAUUGCUGCAGUGCAUUCCGCUUCAGCGGACUGGAGUUCUAUUCAAACUUCUUCAAUGGGAACUUCCUAGAUUACAAACCCUUCGGCGGGAGCAGCGCCAAAAACGACGAAAUUCAGCAGUCUAUGCCGUCGGUGGGUCAGAGCCCUAAUUCGUUUCUGGACUUCAUCACCUUCAAAGACAAACAGUAUUGCUCGAUCUACGAGGAACAGGCUCAAGAAGCGGAAGAUCUCAAAAGCGCUGACAGCAAACGUCUCAAGGUGAAAUGUAUCCCUUUUAAGGGAAACGGCACUUUACAGAUAAUCACUUCGCUGAAGGAAGUCAUCAGCGUUCUGGCCCCGCAUGGAAACUCCACAAAGCGUACCACGGCCGGAAAUUGCGUCGUUAUGCUAUUCUAUACCAAGACCUGCAUCCACAGUGCUUACAUGGCCCCUCACUACAAUGCCCUAGCUCGGCAUUUCCCAGAUUUGAAAGUGACGGCCAUCGAUGCGUUCAAUUUCCAUUCCCUGAACACCGAGUUCGGAAUCGUCGGAUUGCCCACCAUAAUGUUCUUCCACCAAGGGCGUCCACUGGUGAAGUUUAACGGGACAGAAAUCAAUAUCGAUACAUUGGCCAAAUUCGUGACCAAUCAUAGCGGUAUCGAACCCAGGCUUGUCACCCACCCGAUGACGAUCAUAGCGCCGCAUUACACCUCGGAGGACUUCAAGGGACCUCUGUCGAACAAAGUGGAGAAGAGAACCGACUAUUGGCUCUAUGUGGCGUGGAUUUUCAUCAUCGUUUGCAGUUGCUACUACUUCUCCAAGUCCGUUUACUACGGGCAAAUGAUCGAAACCAUCAAACGGAACUGGAGAGAAUCGGGAGCUCAUCACCGGAGUUAGUAUGCGAUCAAAGAAGAAGCGGGAAAGUGAUAGUCAAUGGGGUGUGUUUGAACUGUAGUGCGCUAAGUUAUUAUGUAUCUCGUUUUGUUGAGGAGUUGCCUUUUUCCUAAUAAAUUGUACCGUGGAAACCUA